GAGGGGACGGUGGUCCCAGCAGCAGCCAUGGGGGUUGCGCUGCCCUCACAGGUCCGGCGGCGCUGGUUCCGCCAUACAAUUCCUCUUGUCAUCUUGAUGCUGCUGCUUUUUUAUCUCUGUGCUCGGAGCCUACGCACGCUCUCAGGCUGCGGAUCCGAGGCACAGUACUGCAUUCCCGAGGGAUUGCUGCCUUUACAGAUCCAGCAACAGCUGGGAACCCUGCAGGCCCCGGAGCGGGAAGAGCCUCAGUGUCUGGGCCCCCAGGGGAUGUUGAGCCGCAUGAUGAGGCCGUUCCGCGCCAGUCUGAACCCCGAAGGGGAUGUGGAGUUGUCGCGGUAUCUGGCGGGAUGGAGGGAGCUAAUUAGGUUCCUAACUCCCUUUGGCUCCAUCUUCGUCUUCGCCACAAGAGAGGCCUUCGCCAAAGUGACAGACCUCGAGGUUCGGGUGCACGGCCCAGAUGCCGCGCACUACACUUCGCUGUCAGGCAUGGUGGCUUGGGAGCAGCGGGCGGGAAUGCUGGAGCGGCCCGGGAUCGCCCCUCAAGACUCGGCCAAGUCCUCGGGUUCACGAACGAUGCUCUUGCUGCAUCGUGCGCUACGCUGGUCCCAGCUCUGCCUCCACCGGGUAGCGACCGGGUCGCUCGGAGGCCCGGACGCCGGCGAGCAGUGCAACGACGCCUACAACACAGCCCUGGCCCCGCACCAUCCCUGGCUGGUCCGUCAGGCCGCCCGCCUCGCAUUCCUCUCCUUCCCGGCUCGCGGCCGCUUGCUCGAGCUGGCGUGUCCGGGAGCCAGAGAGGCAGAGGCGCGGGCCUCGCUGGCCCGGGCCGCGGGCACCCUGGAGGAUGUCUACAACCGGACUCAGGUGUUGCUGGCCGAGCGCGGCCUGCUCCAGCUGGCCUGAGGCCCGCAGUCGCUAGGACCCGUUAGGAACCGAACACACUGGGGUGAGGUCAGCGCAGCUCAGGGUGGAGCCCUCGGCUCUCGCUUCCGGCGCCAGGGAGCACGGCACCCGCUGUCCCGCCUCUUUGGUCACGUCACUGACUUGAAGGCCCGCCCCUGGCCGGGUGGGUUUUUUAAGACCCUACCUCUAUUCGUAGUCUCCGGAAGAAGGGAGGAGCUGUGGGGAAUAAAAAGUAUUCUUUGGUAGCCGUUGAUUUAGGGAGUUUUGCGUGAUGCCGGCAGGCGCUUAAGAAAAAUAGAAAAAA